AUAAUGGCUCAAAUAAUGGUUCAAGUUUUGGUGUCAAUCUUGCUUGUGCUAGUGGCAGUGGAAGCAGCUACUCCUCCUGGAAUUGCUAAAGAUCAUGAGUAUGGCCAUGCAAGCUGUAAGAUAAAGAAAUACAAACAUUGCUAUAAUUUGGUUCAUGUAUGCCCUAAGUUUUGCCCUAAUGAUUGUACUGUGGAGUGUGCCUCUUGCAAACCUAUUUGUGUUGGGGGCACAAAUAAUCCUUCACAUGAUUAUCCUACCCCUUCUACACCUACUCCUUCACAUGAUUACCCUACCCCUUCUACUCCCCAUAACCCACCUUCAUCAUCAUCUUCAUCAUCAUCUUCUUCUUCAUCCUCUUCUUCCUCAUCACCUAAUAGCUCUUCUCCACCACAUAACCAACAUAAUUCAUCUUCUACACCAUCUUCAUCAUCUUCCUCUUCCUCUUCAUCAUCGUCAUCUUCUUCUUCCUCCUCUUCAUCACCUAAAAGCCCUUCUACACCGAAAAACCCACCACCCUCAUCGUCUACUCCAUCUUCUUCAUCUAAUUCGUCUUCCUCUUCAUCCUCAUCUUCAUCUUCAUCUUCAUCUUCCUCUUCUUCUUCUUCUUCUUCAUCAUCAUCAUCAUCACCUCAAAGCCCUUCUACACCACACAGCUCACCACCUUCAUCCUCUACACCAUCUUCUUCUUCCUCUAAUUCAUCAUCCUCUUCAUCUUCUUCUGCUUCUUCUUCCUCUUCCUCUUCCGCUACUUCGUCUUCCUCUUCAUCAACUAACAGCCCUUCUACAUCACAUAACCCACCACCGUCUUCAUCAUCUACACCUUCAUCUUCCUCUUCCUCUUCCUCUUCUUCGUCUUCUUCUUCUUCCUCCUCGUCUUCUUCUUCCUCGCACAAAACCGCUAGAUGUGGGAACAAGAACUACCCAAAAUGUUACAAUAUGGAACAUGCCUGUCCUAAUGCAUGCCGAGGUGGAUGUGAGGUUGACUGCAACACUUGCAAACCAAUUUGUAAGUGUGACAAACCAGGAGCUGUUUGCCAAGACCCUCGUUUCAUUGGUGGCGAUGGAAUCACUUUUUACUUCCAUGGCAAGAAAGACAACAACUUCUGCCUUGUUUCUGACAAAAACCUACACAUCAAUGCUCAUUUCAUAGGUAGAAGAAACGAGAACAUGAAAAGAGACUUCACAUGGGUCCAAUCCAUUGUUAUUCUCUUUGACAAUCACCAACUCUUCCUUGGUGCCCAGAAAACAGCCACAUGGGAUGACUCUGUGGAUCGCCUUGCCAUCUCCUUUGACGGAGAACCCAUCACCCUCCACGAAUCUGAAGGUGCGAAAUGGGAAUCAUCCGGCGUGUCCUUUGUUAGGGAAACUUCAACAAACAACAUUAUUGUUGAAGUUGAAGGAAAUUUUAGGAUAACUGCUAAGGUUGUCCCAAUAACCGAAGAAGACUCGAGGGUUCAUAAUUAUGGUAUCACCAAAGAUGAUUGUUUUGCUCAUCUUGAUUUAGGGUUCAAAUUCUUGUCUUUGAGCAAUGAAGUAAGUGGUGUGUUGGGCCAAACAUAUAAAUCUAACUAUGUGAGUCGUGUGAACAUUGGAGCGAAAAUGCCAAUAAUGGGAGGUGGAAAAGAGUAUGAAACAACAAGCUUGUUCUCCCCAGAUUGUUCCGUAGCUCGUUUUGUUGGUAAUGACGGAUUCAACAAUGAUAUUGCGAUGGUGGAAGAUCUUAUGCUCCCUAGCAUGAGUUGCACAAGUGGUGUUGAUGGAGAAGGAGUUGUUUGCAGGAGAUAAUUUCAAAGUUUAACAAAUGAUGAGAAUUUUUCUACAUUUAUUUAUAGCAAUAAAGUAUUUCCAUUCAUCAAAUAAGCUGGAUGAUAUGGUUGUUUAACAGCCCAGUUGUAUACGUGAAAUAAAACAUAUUAAACAUAUUUUUCUUAUAA